GUUGGACGAUCUCUGCAUUGCCGACCUUGAUUGCAGUCUGUUUGAUUGGUAAGAGUAUCUCUGUUUCCGCUCGCGUGGUGUGGAGGGCAAGCUAACUUGCCACUUGCGUGCUCUGCGUCAGACAAAGACAGGCACACCCCAGAUCAUCCUACUCCUUUCCCCCCCGCCUCAGAGCUUCUCUGACGGUUUGUCCCGUUCACCAUCCCCUCUUCAGUGUGAUAAUUGUUCAGCCUCGCGGUUGACUGGGGACUCUUUCGGUCUAUCAUCUAAGCCUGUCGAUCGUCAUCGACACCAUGGCUUCUCACACGAAGAAAGACGAUUUCUGCCUUGAAUGCCACUGGGAGGCGUUCCACCUCGAUGGAAAAGAGGCAGAAGAUGUCUCGGAGGCACAGCCAGUCCAAUGGAAUUGCUCCGACCAGGUACAUCACACCCCGGUGCCGCCAUGCAAUGGGGAUGACGACUGCAAUGUCGAGGAGGACUGUUGUGAUGUCGACGACUGUUCCAUCACCUGCCCCUCCGUCUGCGACGGCUUCAUUGAAUGUGGUGAUGCUGCAGUGUGCUCCGUGUCGCAUUGCGACGAAGAUCAUUGCGAGAACACCGACCCGGUCUGCUUUGAUGAACACUGCUUCGGUACGGGCACCAAUAUUGAUGGCGAACACAGUUUGGAGUCACUAUUAGGGUUGGGAACUCCUCUCAAUCUCGACACAGCUGACCUACUCUCCCCGACUUCCAUGCCACAAUCGCAGGUAGAGCAGCACAAGACCAUGACACAGCCCACGGGCAUGGUACCCUCUGCACCGAGUGAUGCAUUCUUCAACCCUUAUGCACCUGCGUCUCACUGUCACUCCCACAGUCAUCAGCAUUUUCACUGCCAUGAUAUAUCCAAGGAUGCUCACCAUGCAGCAAAUCCGUGGUUACCUCUGCAGAAUGCAGUCAACCCGGCGGAUGUGUUCCACAUGAUGUGCCCUGACCUGUCUGCGUGCCAUCAAUUCCACGUCCACGAAGUGCAGAACUGCCCUGAGCAGGACAAACCUGCCGAUGAUGCGGCCUCGAACUCGUUUACCUGCUUCCACAUCCCUCAUCAUCCUCACCACCACCAUCCUCCGAACGAAGUGAAGAACCCAGCUCCGGCGCAGAAGCCAACCAAUAAUUGGAAGCCAUGCCGCACGCAUGUUCAUCGGUGUCGCACGCACGGACACCAUGUACAUUCCUAUUCACCUUACUCGCGCCACUCACGGUCCAGUGUGAGUUCCCAGUUGAGCCCGGGAGAGACGCCGCCCCCGCUGGAAGGGGGUACCUCAUCCGUCUUGACCAGUCCGGAAUACACUCCCGAUACCGAGAUAUACAUCUGCCGGUGGUCCUCGAAAGCCGACGGGACCAAGCUGCCCUGCGGCGCCACCUUUGCCGAUGCAUGCGGUCUACAGGAGCAUCUGGUGGCGUGCCACAUGGCGACCGUAGAUGGCGCCAAGGGUACGGGAUAUUACUGCUGCUGGGACGGGUGUCACCGGCCGGAUGAGCCGUUUUCGCAAAAGUCGAAGCUGCAGGGGCAUUUUCUGACUCACAGUAAUUAUAAAAACUUCAAAUGCUCUGUCUGUGGAAAGAUGUUUGCCCGACAGGCAACAUUGGAGCGGCACGAGCGGAGCCACCGAGGCGAGAAGCCGUACAAGUGUACCGAGUGUGGAAAGUCGUUUACCGACAGCAGCGAGCUGAAAACGCAUUCGCGGACGCACACGGGCGAGAAGCCAUUUAAAUGCACGUAUCCGGGGUGUAACUUCCAAACUGGUGAUUCAUCCAAUAUGUCCAGCCACCGAUUGAGUAUGUACACCGUAGACAGAUUUAUGCAGUCGAUACUAACUGGACUAGCACACGGCGAGCGUCGACACAAGUGCCACCACGCAGGAUGCACCAAGAGCUUCACGCGACACGACCAACUCAAACGACACUUAAGAACUACGCACAAAGAAGAUAUCUCACUGGGUACACCGAUGCCGGAUGACUUCGGACUUGCCUUCGCCGAAGUGGCGUGAGAGCAGCACAGACGGGCACCAGGCGCAGAUCAACGGGGAGGGAAUAUACAUACAUACGUGAUUUCUAAUACCGGAUUGAUGGGAUUGGAUAUAAAACGGAGUACGGCGGCGAAACAGGACAACUGAAUGAGCGAGUGA